AUGUCGUGGCGCGAGGGCGACUUCGACCCUCACGGCGGCCGCAAUGCCUUCCGUCUCACCGACGAUUCGAAGCAGUCCUCGUCGGAACGGGCGGCCUCGAUGCGAGCAAUGCGCUCGUUCACGCAGUCCAUCGAGGACGACGGACCGCCCGAGCUGCCCGCCUCUCUGGACAUCGAUAUGAUCGAGGGAGUGAGUAUGAAGACGUCGGACACGAACGACACGAUUAUCGAGGUGAAGCCGGAGCGGGUGGAUCCGCAGUUGGGCGAGACGCAGAAGUAUAAGAUGGCCGUGCCGGGACCGGGACAUUCGGAGCAAGAGCAAGAGUUGCACAAGAGUCUGAUCAGGGACGAGGAGGAGGACGCGGAGGUGGAGCAAGUGUUCGCCGCGGCUCCGGAAGCCGUGGUCACACCUCCGAAGAGUCUGAACUUUGCGGAGACUGCGGAGGAACUGAGACAUGCGUACGAUCAGAAGAUCCGGAAAAGGCCGACGACUCCCACAUCGGCGUGUGUUCUCGAUGGAAUCGCGUUCUUCGCGGGCAGCGUUGACGGAGCCAGCGAGGGCUCGGAUUCGGAGAAGAUCAAAGUGUCGAUUCCGAGCAGGCGACGGAAAACUGAGAACAUGUCCUACACGGACUUUUACGAGACUAUGGAACGGCAGAUUCCGGGCGGUGGAGGCCGCCGCAUGAGCUGUUCGGGCCGGACGACGCCGCUUCACGACUACGAGGGGGACAUUUUGGAUGAGAAUCCACAGUACAAGGAUAAGGUGGGCACAGAAUUGAGUUGUUCGCAGAUCGGAUGAUUGAUUGCAGGCACCUCCGGCUCCCGUCGUGCACAGACGGUCCAGCAUCGAAUGGGAAAACUUUGCCGACAUGGAAGGUGAGCUUUCCUCUUCUUCUUCUUCUAAAAACGCAUAAAAUCGAAUGGGCCAUCACUAUGGUGAAAAUGAGCCGGAAUGAAUGGAGGAGCAAGCGGAUAUUGGAGAGUGACGUGGUGGGCAAGGAAUCGGAAAUGAGAGUGGGAAAGUGACGUGACGGAAUGCAAAUGGAAAUGAAUUGCGCUAGCCGGCAAACCUCUGCAACUUUUGAGCUAACUUUAGGCAUGUCUGAGCACACAAAGGUUUGCCGAGUGUCUGUCGGACCGCGCGCUCUACCGCACUUGAAUUUCUAACUUGCUAGAAACGACAGUGAGCUAGUCCCGAGCAGGUCGUUUCCGUCCGGAAAUCCAUCGCACGCUUCCCCUCAAUCAGCCACUCCCCUCGCCAAAUCCGACUCCUCCUCCUGCUCUUGCUCUUUCUCUUUCUCCCUCUUUGCUCCCCGCUUCUUCUGUUCGCCUCGAAAACACUCGGGGGCCCGAUGCUCUAAUCCGUCCUCUUCGUCGUCGCCGUUGCCGCCGUUUCUGCUCUCUCACCCGCCUCACGCGCGUGUAAAAACUGAAUUGAUCAUACGCAUUCAGUGUCUUUCAAGAGAGUGAGAGAGAGAGAGAAAAAGCGGGGAACUCUUCACUUCUCCUCCUACUUCUUCUUCUUCUUCUUCUUCUUCUUCUUCUUUCGUGUUUCCAUAUUCCUCUCUGCUUUAUGCACUGUCUGCGGCGGAAGAUGUGCGGAAAAGGGGAGGGAAAAAGGGGGGAAGCCUGCGGUUGGGCGCUUGGGAGCUCUGCCGUGAAUUGAAACAGCUUGGGGUGGCCUUUGCCAGGACUAGUACUUUUUCCCUUUUGCCACGUUCCAACUUUACUCAGAUUUCUUCUAGAUUCUUUCCUAUUUUCCCAUGCGCGCGAGCAAAGUAGUAGUAAUGAUCAUGCUCAUUGAGGCACCAACUCCCUUUUCACUCCCAAUGUGACGUCAUCGUGGUAGCCUGGUGACGGGAGCGUGGCCGUAAUUUGUGCAUCAAGUGCACCGCCCGACUCGCACAUAAUUCACGACUUCCUCUUCUCACUGAAGCCGCCCAUUAGAAAGAUAUUCUCGAGCUUUUCCAAUCGUACUAUUCGCCAUCUUCUCGCUUAAAUUGAUUGUUCUUCGUUGCAGAAAAAAUGGAGCAAGCCGAACAGAAAGCGAAGAGCGAGGAGAAGAAAGAGGUAGAGGACGCCGUCGCCGCAGUAGAAGACGUCGACGUCGUUGCGAAGGAGAGAGAAGCGGAAAAGGCAAAGAAGAAGUUGGCGUUCCAUGCGAAGGUGAGCAGGGCGUAUUUUUAUGAGUGACGUUACCAACCAUUGUUUUGUUUACUGAGAUUCUCAUUAGUGAGGUGCACUUUUGCCAGAUUCAGUUGGUGAACACUUACUCGAAGUCUAGGGGUAGUUCUUCGAACUUUUAGGUUCCAGACUGGUCGGGGAGCCCGCGGUUUUUUUUCAUAGCUAGUUUCAAUGAAAAUAAGCAAUUUUCCCAGUGAAAAAUCUGCAAAAUCUAUCAUUUUUCACAAGGUUCCAAUCAGACAUUCCGCAUCACGUCCCGCAUUUCACAAAAGAAGUUCUUUCAAAAAAAAAUCCGCAUUCCGCAAUCCGCAAAAUCAAUUUUCAUUCCCAAACACGUAAAAAAAAAUAAAUUGGUCCUAAACACAAUUCCAUUGCCAAAAUCAGUCGGAAACCCUCGCAAUUUCAGCCGCCGACAGUCGAAAUAACAUCGCCAGACGCGCCGCAUCAAGGGGUGAGUUUUGCAGUUUCCGCGUGACGACGAAAUCCGAUCCGCUCGGAUUACCACCCUUUCACGCCUUCAUCUCCUCUUGUUUUUUUUGUGCAGGCCUUCCACGACAACGCGCCGAAAGAGCCGAAAGUGGUGGAGGAGGAGGAGGACGACGAUCUGCCCACUUUCUCUGAGGACAUGACCGAGGCGCGGCAGCAGAUUCAGAAGGAGAUGGAGCACAAUGGAGCGGAAGAAGGAGAAGAAGAAAACGGUGAAGUUGAGAAAAAGGAAGGAGUGGUCUUCGAAGAUGCUCAGAAUCCAGAAGCCGCCGGCUAUUAUCAGCAAGAGGAAGCCGCGUACGAUCCGAACGCUUAUCCAGGUGAGCUAUCAGUUCAAGUGUUGCGUUUCUUUUCAAUUUUUCUCUCGUUUAGGCUACAUUUGGAACUACGAAACUCAGGAAUGGGAGUAUGAUCCGAACUACGUGGCACCGGCGGAAGACCAGAGUGGAUACGAAGCUCAAGCUGCCGCGUACGCCGAGUACGAUGCGAACGCAGCGGCAGCCUAUCAGGCAGAGCAGGCUGGAUACGAUCAGGCCUACCAGGAUACCAGUUAUCCGGCACACGCAUAUGCGGAACAGGGUCAGGGAUACCAGGACUAUGCCGAGCAGCCAUCACAGGAAUACGACUAUUCGGCAUAUGGAGGAUACGAAGGGUAUUUGGCCGCGUGCAAAGCGUACGAUGAGGCGAACGGACAGGCUCCGCAAGAGCAGUACGACCCGAAUGCCGCCUACGCUCAAGGGUACGGAUACGAUCAGCAAGGCGACAGUUAUCAGCAACAAGAGGGAGUCGGGGCGGUUGAAGAGACGAAUGGAGAGAAUGUGUAUGCAGGAUACGGAGACGCCUAUCAGGGAUACGAUCAGAAUGGAGCAUACUACGAUGAACAACAGUACGACUAUUCGCAGUAUCCGACAGAGCCACAAGAGCCGGCAGCUCCAGCUCCAAUUGUUCCGAUGGAGCCUCUCUUCAAACAGGCGCCACCGCCAUCCGACCCCUUCGGAUGGGAUGUUCAAGGCCAUGAAGCUCCGGCGGACCCAGUUGCUCCUGCCCAAGUACAGAGUGUCCAGGAACUGUCGCCCACUCCGGAAGCGUCCACUCCGUCGAAAGCGAGUCCGGCGAGGCCGCCACCUGCUAGACCUGAUGCUCCGAAGAAGGCCGAAGAAGUGGACACUCCAGCUCCUCCACGACCUCCACCAGCAGCUCGUCCACCCCCUCCACGACCUUCUCCGGCUAAAAAGGAAGAGCCGAAGCAACCAGAGCCGGAGGAAGACGCGUGGGCGCAGUUCAAACGGAUGACUGAGAAGGUUAGUGAGCGCGCAGGCAUGUCUACCCACUCUGUGUCUCUAUCCGCGCCGUCUUUCGUGGCGUAGGGGGUGAAUGCGCGUACGGCGGGGCACAGCCCGCGUGUUCGACCCCGCUGGCAAUGAAGAUGUUGCACAGACCUGUUCCUAUCAGUCACUGAGGAUAAAAGCAAUCAUGAGCCUUUUUUUGAAAAUUUUCAGGUCAAUGAUGUUGUCAAGUCCUCCGAGACCACUUUGAAGAAUUUGGAGGAGACCUCGGCUGCCAAUGAUAUCAAGGACGAAAGUUAUUUGGCAAAUAUUGGAGGCUCGCAAGGAUUUGUGAACGAAUCCACACAAAAGGAGAUUCAGCGGAUGACCGAUGAGAAGAAGAUGGAGAAGAUGCAGAAGAAGAAGUUGAAGCAACAGGGAAAGAAGGCGGCGUCACCGACAUUCGACCCAGAUGAGGAGGAUGCGAUGGACAGAGCGGCACAGGAACUGGCGAUGAAGAUGGCCAGCAUGCGAUCGGAUCUCGGAGACUGGAAGGCCCCGGAACUGAUUCCGGUGAAGGAGAAGAAGGUGCCGCAAGUGGAGCGCAAGGACUCCGCAUCGGCAAUUCCACCGAGGAAGAAGAGUUCGAUCAAAGAUGUGCAACAGGAUUCCGGAGGCUCCCUGGAGCUGCCACCACACCUGGCUGCCCAGUAUCAUGAAUCAACGGAGUCAACGGCCCCGAAUCCGAAAGGAGAUCUGGCUCCGGACGACCCGAUUCUGUCUGCUCCCGCCUGGACCGACUUUGAGAGCUCUGAGCCGAUGCUGCCGCCCAGCGAGUCUGGAUUCUUCUCUAAUAAGGACGCGUCGAACGAUAUGGCCAAAGAUUCGGAGCCGGUGGAUCCGUUUGUGACGAACACACUGACCAUCGGAGAGAAGAGAGCCAGCUUCGCAGCCGAUCCGUUCGCCCCACAACAGGCAGCUUUGAUUGAUGAGGUACGUUCAUUUACUAAUGUUCUAAUAUCGAUUCUUUUAUUUUUCAGAGCUACGAUCCGUUCGCAGUCGUGGCGGUCGAGGAAGUCGUUGCGAUGGCGAAAGCGAAGGCGGAGCAGGCAGCCGCCAGUGCGGACCACGACGACGACUUCUACAAUGGCCGACAGUCGCCGACUCUUUCCACUCCGACUCCCGAGGGCGGAAGUCCCAUCAGCCAACGGCCAACUGGAUUCGAAGAUGACUUCAAGUGCGCCGAGCUCACCGGCCUCGAUACUCCGACUCCGUUGUACGACGAGGACGACUCGCAACCGCUCGCCGAGUUCCUUCCGAAGUUCGACGGCGAAGGCUGGGAUCUGAUGGUGCGGCACCCGAUCAAGAAGAAGUCGUUCAUGGCGGAAAGGUGCUGGAAGCCGUGCUACGCCCGUUGCACGGGCUCACUCUCUACGUCUACAACGACAAAAAGGACUCGCAACCGAUCCAGGAACUUCUGCUUCAGGCCACCUACUCCCUUUCCGACACCACUUUGCAAGCGUACGACGUGUACGGAAAGAUCCACACUGUCAAGCUGCAAUAUGUGGUCUAUAAGGAAAAGUGGGCAUUCGGCCGGGACAGAUCAGCCGAUUGGUCGACGGGCACAUCACCAAGUACGGCCUGCCGCUGGAACAUUCCGCCCAAUGCACUGUGCUUCUCAAGUUCGGAUCGCUGAACGCCGCCCAUCUCCAAACCUUCGUGACAACUGUGGAAGAUCUGCUGUUCAAGUGCAAGAUCAGCAGAACUGCGAAGCCGGUCUACAAACAGGACGAAGUGCAGAUUCACUGCUACGACGAGUACUCGGCGUUUGUGGACAAAGAAGGCGUUCUCUCGGAUCAGAGGGCGAGGGUCCGUCUGUUUUGUCUGGCGUUUCUCACGGGAUCACCUCUUCUCGAGGUGGGACUCAACGAUCGGAGAAGACAGGGAAAGGAGAUAGUGAGGAGGAAGGACAUUCUUCCAAUGUACACCGAGAGAUGGAUCCGCUUCGAAGCGUUGGAAUUCCAUUCGAUUGUCAACAAACCCGAGUUCGAGAACAAUCAAGUGAUAGCCUUCAGUCCUCCGGAUGGCUGCUUUUUCGAGGUUAGUCGUUUUGCCCAGUGAUAAUUGCACAUCUCGUGAUAAUUGAACUUUUCAGAUCAUGCGCUUCCGAGUGCGACCUCCACGCAAUCGUGAGAAGGCGAUGAGCGUCAAGGCGAUCAUGAAGAUCGCCGGUUCGAAAGUGGAGAUCCGUAUCGAGGCUAUGGCAGCAGCUCAGAUCCAACGGACACGAGGAUCCGACGAACGGAGAAGCAUUCCGUGCGAGGACAUCGCCAUCCGAUUCCCGAUUCCCGAGGCGUGGAUCUACUUGUUCCGCGAAGAACGCCACUGGGGAGUCGGCUCUAUUCAUUCGAAGAAGCUCCGACCCGGAAAGGUCAAGAAUCUGAAGGACCGACUACUCGGAGCGGUCCAAGCGAGCGAGCCGAAUCUCAUUGAGUGCGCGAUCGGAGAGGCCAAGUACGAGCACGUCUACCGCUCGCUCGUCUGGCGAAUUCCCAGACUCCCGGAGAAACAUCACGCCGCGUACAAGUCGCAUUUACUGAAAUGUCGCUUCGAGUUGUCCUCAUUCGACUUGAUGCCAGAAGAGUUCCUUCCCAGAUGCGACGUGGAUUUCACGAUGCCGUUGGCGACCGUCUCGAAUACGGUAGUCCGAUCGGUGUCCGUCGAGCAGCACGAGGACAGCGAUCGAGUCGAGAAGUUUGUCAGAUACGUGGCCAAGUAUCAGUACAAGGUGAGCACGUGGGGGUCGACAAUAUUCAAUUUGAUUUGCGUGUUCAGGUUGAAAUCGACUAUGUUCAAUGCGCAGAUCUCGAUCUGGAUAUGGCGGACCCGUCGGUAAACCCGGAGGCAGCCGCCGCGCCAGUUCCAGAACUCCAUCAGCCGACUUUCAAUCCAGCCACACAGACGGCUGACGCUCAGCAAGGGUAAUUCCACUUCCGGUACAACUCCCCCCACAUACGUGUUUUUCUUAAGUUACCGAAUCGACUUCAACGAAGCAGAGAUGGGCGGUGCCAACCGGCGCGACGACUCGAGCUCCGACGAUGAGCCGGACAGCCACAAGAUGCCGAUCAUACAAAUCGACAUGAAAAACUAUGGAUAUUGA